UGUUACAUACAUAUCCCAUUUAAACGCAGGAGAACAAGCGUGGCAAAGCCUUACCAGUGAGCUGCCUCCUUGCUGUCAAGAAUUUCAAUCAUGCUCUCUUUCACAAUACGACAACUGGCAAGACCGGUGUGCCAGCGGUGUCCAGCGGCAGUGGGGGUGGCAUGGAGGGGGCAGCACUCACAGACGGCAGCGCGCAGCUUCGAGCAGUACGAGCGGCCGUGGACUGGCCAGGACAGCCUGGCACAGGACGACCCCGAGAUGUGGGACCUGCUGACCAAGGAGAAGGACCGGCAGUGCCGCGGCCUGGAGCUCAUCGCCUCCGAGAACUUCUGCAGCCGCGCAGCACUGGAGGCCCAGGGCUCCUGCCUCAACAACAAGUACUCAGAGGGCUACCCUGGCAAGAGGUACUACGGUGGCGCUGAGAUGGUGGACCAAAUCGAGCUGCUGUGCCAGAAGCGGGCUCUGGAGGCCUUCGACCUGGACCCUGCCAAGUGGGGGGUCAACGUGCAGCCCUACUCCGGCUCCCCGGCCAACUUCGCCGCCUACACCGCUGUGCUCAAGCCCCACGACCGCAUCAUGGGUCUGGACCUGCCUGACGGAGGACACUUGACCCACGGCUACAUGUCUGACGUGAAGCGCAUCUCGGCCACAUCCAUCUACUUCGAGUCCAUGCCCUACAAGCUGAACACUAAGACUGGUCUCAUAGACUAUGAUCAGAUGGAGCUGACCGCACGUCUCUUCCGGCCUCGCCUGGUCAUCGCCGGCACCAGCGCCUACGCGCGCCUCAUCGACUACGCCCGCAUGAGGAAGCUGUGCACUGAAGUGAAGGCCUACCUGCUGGCUGACAUGGCUCACAUCAGUGGGCUGGUGGCUGCCCGAGCCGUCCCCUCUCCGUUUGAUCACGCUGACCUGGUCACCACAACCACACACAAGUCCCUCAGAGGAGCCAGAGCCGGUAUGAUUUUCUACCGCAAGGGUGUGCGCUCAGUGGAAAAGAAGGGCCGUGAGAUCAUGUACGACCUGGAGGACAAGGUCAACUUCUCCGUCUUCCCCUCGCUGCAGGGCGGCCCACACAACCACGCCAUCGCUGGGGUGGCCGUCGCCCUCCGCCAGGCCAACACGCCCAUGUUUAAAGAGUAUAUCGGCCAGGUAAUGCGCAAUGCAAAGUCCAUGGCUGCUGCGCUGCUCAGGAAGGGCUACACCCUGGUCUCAGGUGGCACAGACAACCACCUGGUGCUGGUGGACCUGCGGCCGCAGGGCAUGGACGGGGCCCGGGCCGAGCGUGUGCUGGAGCUGGUGUCCAUCACGGCCAAUAAGAACACCUGUCCAGGAGACAAGAGUGCCCUGACCCCCGGCGGUCUGCGGUUAGGUGCACCAGCCCUCACCUCUAGGCAGUUUAAGGAGGCUGACUUUGAGCAGGUGGUGGAUUUCCUGGAUGAGGGCUUCCAAAUCGCUCUGGAUGUGAAGAAGAAGACGGGCAAGCUGCAGGAGUUCAAGAACUUCCUCCUGGAGGACCCCGAGACGGUGGCGCGCCUGGCCGAACUGCGGCACCGCGUGGAGGCUUUCGCCCGGCCCUUCCCCAUGCCUGGCUUCCACGACCACUAGGGGGCCACAGCAGGAGAGGGUGAUGAGAGAGGGAGAGAGAGAGUGGAAGAUGAGGUGGAGGUAGGGUGAUUUUAGAAGAGGGAGAGAGAUGAACAAAGUGGACACACAGGAACAAAGAACACUUGUCCUUUAAAACACCUGUCCGUUUUAAAAAGGGCCAAACAAUGAGAACUUCGUCCUUCUUUUCCAAAUCAUGUUUCAUGCUGUGACUUCUCAGGAAUUGGCGAUAGACAGUAGAGUCUCUCUCUCUCUCUCUCUUUCUUUUUUUUCUCCUUUUUUUUUUCUUUAUCUUUUUCUUUCCACUUUUUUUGUUUACACAAAUCGCUGUUGUCAUACCGCCUGCCCGCGCCUAAAACGGGACGUAAUCUGCGAGAUAAUCACACACACGCACACGCACACACACACACACACCCGCAAGACCAUGGCCAGCCCUCAGGUGAUGUGCUAUCCGUCACUAGCCAGGGGAGCUGACCGGAGCCAACCGGACAAACACAGUCUUAAAGCUGAGGUGGAGAGGGAGCAUCUAGGAGACCAGCGGAGGAGAAGAGGAGAGAUGCACACUUAUGUUUCUUAAAUAGCCUUGCUCAAGCACAGGGCAAGAGAGAGCACGUAGACUGCAGCCUCAUUUAUAAUGUAUAGUGAUGUCGUUUUCUGUGAUAAACUUUGUUUCUUACACUAGGGGGUCCAACUGAGGGUGAGUGAAUUGACUAACCAGUGGUAGAUUCAAAAGGGCAUGCUGGAUGCAGAUCUCCACGGAGAUUUGCUCUGCAUCAGCGAUGCCACAUUCGCUGCCCACUGCAAGGAUGGUGACUUAACCUUUAGUGAUAUGACACCUUGCAUAGAAAAGAAUUACAAUCCAGUCUUUUCACUGUGUGGGUUUGUAAAAAAGACCCAAGAAAGUAAAAGAGAAUGGAAACAAUACAGCUGUAUAUAUAAUUAACUCUAUAAAGAUAGUCCAGUGCUGAACUGCUUUAUUGACUGCCGCUGGAUGAGUAAAUUGACCAAUAAAAGCGAACAUGAACUGAAUCAUUGUAAUGGAUCAUGUCACUGUGCUGGAGGCCAGUGUGUUUACAGAAGGUUUAUCCUGCACCGUGAACCUUUUCUAUAUUAGCUUUUGGACAGGUACGCUUUUGGACAGGUACGCUUUGUUUAUUUCCAUUUUAAUCAUCUGCUUACGCCUUUUUGUAAAAAAAAAUCUAAAAAAAAAACUUUCAUGUUCUCAAGAAUAUGAAGUGCAGAACGCUUGCUAAUUCUCUAACCUUCUGCCGAGUAGUGUUCAUGAGCAGAAUAUGACAGAAUUCAUGCUGUCGGCAUGUUUUUCUGAAACUUCAGACUUUUAACCCUCAUUAGACAUAGAGAUGUUUUAGAAGAUGCACUACAGUUUAGUAGUGGUACACAUCUCCAACCAUUUCAACAUCAGCAUUUGUGUGGAUGUUAGAGACAUGAGUGUAUGAACCUGGUGAUGUAGUAGUACUGACCUUUGACCUUUACACCUCAAACCCGAAGGCCCCCCACGGCGCCCCUUCCCUAUAGCAGUGGUGCCAGACCGAACACAAUUUUGUCUGUAAAGUUUUAAGAUAAAAAAUCUCCUUUGUAAAGAAAUUUUAUUAAGAAAACAAUAAUCCUAAUAAAUAUGUCAAGAAGC